CCGCGCCGGGAGCCCUGCUCGGAGCUGGAGCCGCAUCUGGAGCCGCGGGCCCGAGGCCCUGAGCCACGCAGCCGGCGCAUGGUGAACUCGCUGCUGUUCGGGGAGAUGGCCUUGGCCUUCGGCUGCCCGCCGGGCGGCGGCGGGGGCUGCCCGGGCGGCGGCGGGGGCGGCGGCGGCGGGGGCGGCGGGCCCGGGCCCGGGCCGGGGCCGUCGCCGGUGACGGCGGCGCUGCGGGACGACCUGGGAUCCAACAUCCACCUCCUGAAGGGGCUCAACGUGCGCUUCCGCUGCUUCCUGGCCAAGGUGCACGAGCUGGAGCGGCGCAACCGGCUGCUGGAGAAGCAGCUGGAGCAGCAGCAGAGCGAGCGCGAGCGGCGGCUGCGCUACAAGACCUUCUCCCGGGAGCAGGCCGUGCAGACCGGGCCCGAGCUGCUGCGGCCGGCGGCGGCCGGCGGCUGCGGCCCGGCGCCGGGCGCCAACGCCAACGCCAACACCGUGGCCCUGGGCGGCCUGCCCCCGGGCGGCGGCUCGCACCCGCAGCACUACGGCCGCCUGCCCGGGACCAUCUGGAGCUACACGCAGGUGCGGCGCACGGGCGGCGGCGGCGUGGAGACGGUGCAGGGCCCCGGCGUGUCGUGGGUGCACCCCGACGGCGUGGGCGUGCAGAUCGACACCAUCACCCCCGAGAUCCGCGCGCUCUACAACGUGCUGGCCAAGGUGAAGCGCGAGCGCGACGAGUACAAGCGGAGGUGGGAGGAGGAGCUUGCCAAGUGCAUGAACCUUCAGACCAUGGUGGACACCCUGCAGGAGGCAGCACAGGAAGCCGAAGCUAUCCAGGAGGAGAUGAAUGAGAAGAUCGAGCGGCUCAAGGCUGAGCUAGUGGUGUUCAAGGGGCUCAUGAGUGACCCCAUGACAGACCUGGACACAAAGAUCCAAGAAAAGGCCAUGAAGGUGGACAUGGACAUCUGCCGCCGAAUCGAUAUUACGGCCAAGCUGUGCGAUGUCGCACAGCAGCGGAACUCGGAAGACGUGUCCAAGAUCUUCCAGGUGGUCCCCAAAAAGAAAGAGCGUAAAGUGGCUUCAGAUGAUGACAUCUCCGAGCAGGACGGGGAGGUGAACCGGUUCUCGGAUGAUGAGGUCGGCUCCAUGAACAUCACAGAUGAGAUGAAACGCAUGUUCAACCAGCUGCGGGAGACCUUUGAUUUUGAUGAUGACUGUGACAGCCUGACGUGGGAAGAGAAUGAAGACACGCUUCUGCUCUGGGAGGAUUUCACCAACUGUAACCCGACCAUCGAUCUGCAGGGCGAGCAAGAGGAAAACCUGGGCAACCUGAUUCACGAGACUGAGUCCUUCUUCAAGACGAGAGACAAGGAGUACCAAGAAACCAUAGGCCAAAUUGAGCUGGAGCUGGCCACAGCCAAGAGUGACAUGAACCGGCACCUGCAUGAGUACAUGGAGAUGUGCAGCAUGAAGAGGGGCCUGGAUGUGCAGAUGGAGACCUGCCGCCGGCUCAUCAAAGGCUCUGCGGACAGGAAUUCACCGUCCCCCAGCUCUGUGGCCAGCAGUGACUCAGGAAGUACAGAUGAGAUCCAAGAUGAGUUGGAGCGGGAGGCGGAUGUGGAGCCCAUGGUCAGCUGAUGACGGAGGCCCCACACAUUUGGUGAUGGGGCUGUGAGGGCUCCUGGGCGUGGGCUCCAGCCUUCACCACACAGACUGUCCUCUGUCCUCCCUCCUCUGGAGGCCCCAAGGGACCGCUGCUUCCUUCCUUCUUCACCUCUCACCACCCACCACCCACCAAUGCCCCUUCUCCGUCCACUCACCCACUCACCCACCCACGGAAUGGUGCUGUCAAUUUAUAUUGUUCUCCACAUUACAAAUGCAGACUUCUGUGCGACAAUGCCUGUCACUGUGCCUUCUCCCUUAAGCUGAGCCACUUUGAGCUCCAAAGAAUUAUUCCUAGCAGGUGUUUUUAUACAAAAUUCUAUGUGAGGGGGGGCCUGGGGGGCGUGGCAUCAUAUAGUUUUCUACCCUCCCACCUGCUCCUCUGAUUGGCCAUGAGCUUUGCCCUCCCUUCCUCUGAUUGGCUCUGUGCUGGAGAUGAUCUGAUUUCCUUAGGAACUGUUUGCUUGCCUGCCUGCUCACCAAAGAGAAAGGUGGAAGGAGGGGAGGGAAGACCAAUUUUUCUUUUUCUUUUUUGGAUCUAGUGGCGAAGUAGAGGGACAAGGCACUGUGAGGGGAAGGUGGAGCCUCACUGUGUUUUAACUACUAUGCAAAAAAAAAACAAAACAAAAACAAACAACCCCCCCCCAAAAAAAACUAAACUAAAAGCAGCUUGCCUUAUACCAUUGUGGAAGGCAGCCUCUCUCCUAGACUCCUGGUGUCCCCUAGAGCUGGGAGGGUGGCUGAAGUUGGGGCAUCUCUCUCACAGCCCUAAGGGUGAGAAGUGGCUGGGGUGGGAGUCUGCCCAGCUCACGUGACUGCUUGCUUUCUUGGGGACCUCUGUGGGGGUGGAUUUGGGCUGAGAGGGUCUUUUAUUGUCCUGUUGACUUGAGGUUCUCCCUUCCCUCUCCAGCCACAGUUAUACAACUGUUAUUUCUCUGUGAGAAAAUCCGAAGGGGCCAGGCCUGGGACCCAUCCUGUCCAUGGUGGAGCUGGGUUAGUUCUAGUCCACCGCCAUCUUGUUUUUCCACUGUCCCCAAGUUGCCUGCUGCUUGGCCACUGGCAAGGAGGGGGCAUGUGGAGGGGAAACUGGGGGCGGGGGGCUGCUGGCGGGCUGGAGGUGGCUUCAGUAGGAGCCCUAAUAAGGACCUUCCUUGCUCUGCUUAUAGCAAGCCUCACCAUCCUUCAUGUAACCACACAGUGGGGAGCUAACCUGAGCCAGUAUCUCCCCCAAGCGUGAGUGAGUCUCAUUUGCAGGGUCCUGAGCCCCUCCACCAAGGCCACUGGGCACUGGGUACUGGCCCAGCAAGCGGGCUUUACUUUUAAAAAAAAUUCUUUUGUUCUGAUCCUGGGACUUGAACAGAAAGCCUGGGCACUGUCCUUGAGCUUUUGUGCCCAAGGCUAGCGCUCUACCAACUGAGUCACAGCUCCACUUCUGGC